UUAUUUUUUGGCAAGGGCUACUUCUUUUCCAUACUUAGUCGCAUGGCUAAUUCGUUUAUGUGAAUAGGGAGCUUGAAUCAAUAACAAUGAACAGAAGACUUUUGCUCGCCUUGUAUCAGCAAUCUAAGAGAUGCAAUUCAUAUGUAACCUCCCAACAUCCAAGAGCAAUUUCUGGACCAAUACAAAGCACUCGUAGAAACAUCCCAACUGAACAUGCAUCUAAACUGUUGAAUUUGCCACCACACCUAUAUUAUACUGCUGGCUAUAUCAGAUUGUUUAGUGAUGACCGUAGCGACUCAACUGAUUGGGAUCCGAGACCGGACUGGGAUAGCCCAUACCUUACUCCCGAAGAGAGAGUGGAUCGUAAAUUGAUCCACUACAUGGAUAUUUGGGAUGUUGAAGGUGGAAUAAAAUUUGUAAAGCAAUCAGCUGCGGAAGAUGUGUACCCAAGUGGAAGUACAAUGCUUAAUUUCUACCAGCAAUUGGCCAAUAUAGGGGAAUUUAAACCAAUCAUUGAACUGAAUGAACUUUUCAAAGGUGAUCACAAAGUGUACACAGACAAAAGUUUCUACUUCUAUUUGAAUGAUGCAUAUUUCAAUAGUGGUUGUGCGAAUGAGGGAAUAGACUUGAUGAAGAAAAUUUAUUCUCAGAAAAACAAUUUCGAUGAUGUCAGCAUAUUCUUUACACUCAUCACCAUUACUGUUAUGAAACACUUUCCCGAUCAACUUCAGCAUAUCGAAGAUUUUGUAAAUGAAUGCAAGGAAAAUGAUAUUUAUGACCCUAUUGCAUUUUACUGGAAAUGUCUCAUAUUAAGUGAACGGUUUGAAGAAGCAGAAACACUUCUCGAAGAACACAUUAAAGUUAAGCAGAUAAAAUCACUGGUGCAUAUCAUGGUUAAUGACAUCUGUACAAGAUCAGAUAGAGUGACAACACACAGAGAUGUUGUACUUCAAUAUCUCACUAACUUUGAAUGGAUACGAAGGAAACAAAAAUGUCUGCUGUAUGAAACCACAUUAGCCCAACUUUGUUUCUGUGGAAAACGAGAGGAUGCUAUCGCUCUAGCCAUUAGGGCCAAGAAUCUAGAGCUACCCCUACACAGAGAGCGUCUUGUGGAACUUGUUCAAACCCUGGAUAAAUUGUCAGAGCUGGAACCACCUGACCCUGUCAUACAAGAGCUCAUUGAUUGGAUAAAUACACUAGACUAGAGUUGGCCCCUGCAGAGAGAGUUUCUCGUGGACUUAUUUUAAAAUCAUGGCUAGAACCAUCUGUCUCAGUUAUAGCUUAUUGGUUGAGAUACAGUUGUCUAAUUGCCUUGUAAAAAUCCUUAUUGACUAGCAACUGGAGACCAAAGUUGUUUAAAAUCAAAUCAUGAACAUGAUGAACAAUAAAAUUGGUCAGUACCAGAAGUUAAUGGCUCUUACCUUGUCUCACUCGAUAUUGUUCAUCAAACUAUACUUCUUUUCCAAGGACAUCCAAUCUGAUAAAUAGUUGCUAUAGACUUCAUAAGAGAACAUGUGCUAGCCUGUAUAGCUAUCUGAAUCAGGAUAUCUCACACUCUACAGUCUUCUAUCUGAGCCGCAAGUUCAUUCAAAUCUGUACUUAUAU